GCCCGCGCGUGCAAGUGUCCCGAGCGCCCCCCGGCCAUGUCGUCCUGCACCCGCGUGGCGCUGGUGACCGGGGCCAACAAGGGCAUCGGCCUGGCCAUCGCGCGCGCCCUGUGCCGCCGCUUCCCCGGGGACGUGGUGCUCACGGCGCGGGACGAGGCGCGGGGCCGGGCGGCCGUGCAGCAGCUGCAGGCCGAGGGUCUGAGCCCGCGCUUCCACCUGCUGGACAUCGACGACCCGCACAGCAUCCGCGCCCUGCGGGACUUCCUGCGCCGGGAGUACGGGGGGCUGGACGUGCUGGUCAACAACGCGGGCAUCGCCUUCAAGGUGAAUGAUCCCACACCCUUCUCUGUCCAGGCAGAAGUGACCAUGAAAACAAACUUCCAUGGUACAAGAAACGUCUGCACAGAGAUUCUGCCUCUAAUGAAACCCCAAGGCCGGGUGGUGAACGUGUCCAGUGUCGUGAGCGUCCGAGCUCUCGGAAAAUGUAGCGCAGAACUGCAGCAGAAGUUUCGAAGCGAGACCAUCACAGAGGAAGAGCUGGUGGGGCUCAUGAACAAGUUCGUGGAAGACACGAAGAACGGGGUGCACGAGAAGGAAGGGUGGCCCAGUACCGCCUACGGGGUGUCUAAGAUCGGUGUCACGGUCCUCUCCAGGAUCCAUGCCAGGCAGCUCAAUGAGCAGAGGAAAGGGGACAAGAUCCUCUUGAAUGCCUGCUGCCCGGGGUGGGUGAGAACCGACAUGGCGGGUCCCAAGGCCACCAAAAGCCCUGAGGAAGGAGCUGAGACCCCUGUGCACUUAGCCCUUCUUCCCCCCGACGCAGAAAGCCCUCAUGGCGAGUUUGUCAUGGAGAAAAAAGUUGAGCGGUGGUGAGCCUGACUCACAAGCUCACGGGAUACCUGUCCGCCUGGGUCCAACUGGACUCAGAAAAAAAAAAAAUCCCAACCCACCCCUACAAGUUAAACGUUUGCCUAGUGACUGAAUACACUCUGGAUUCCACUCGA